AUGGCAUCGAAAGCUUUGACGGAUUGCCCUGAGAACCUUCGAGAGGCAAUCGACUGGCUCAUCCAGGUAGAUCACUGUGGCGGGAUUCCAAGGCUCUCCGCCGCCCUUGGUAAGUUGUUUGACAAUGUUGUUCAGGACGCUCAGAAAUCUCUGUCGUCUCUCCCCGAAUCACAUCACACGUCCGCCGGAGAUGUUAUCUCCAGGCUUCAAACGUUUCAGGGCUCUGUUCAGAAAAACUCUGCGAAUAAUAAUCAAAACAUUUUACAUAAUCUCUGUUCCGCCUUUGAGAAAUUUCUAGGCUACCAGCCUCCUGGAACCUACGACGGUUCCGGGAUUGUGUAUGGCUCCGCUUCCCGUCUGUGCGAUGCCGUGUUGUCCUUCUUGCAUAAAGUGAUCAGUGAUGUCUAUGAAAAUCAGCCGUACGUUGCUGGUAGAGGUUUGUUAGAUAAUGUAGUUAGUGACCUUGAAAAGGCCAGGUGGACUGGGCACCAUGGCUUUAAGACUGUCGUCCCCGAAGUGGCCCGUGGCCUCGGGGAGUAUAACAAAAAUGUCAAGGCCUCGAACGACAAAGUCAAGAGGCCGAUCAGUGACAUGAUUGAUUAUGUUAAAGACGAGGGUGGUGAGUUGCUUACUAAGAUACGUAAGCUGAAUGAAACUGAUCCUUCAGACCCUGACGUUAAGGCAGCCGAGGAAUUGGCGAAGGAGUGCGUUGGAAAGGGCAAGGACUUCGGUAAAGCCUUCACUUUGAAAUCACAUCCGUAUUACAUGAAAGGUGAGUUUGAUGAUUUGAAUGCAUCCUUGCGUGACAAAAUUCAUAAUGCCCGUACCAACGUUGGCCGUGAGACUGCGAUACUGAAUAGGUGGUCCAGGAAGCAACUUGACAACUACAAUACUAUGGUUAAAUUGAUCAAACAGGCCUUCAGGAAGCUCAAAUAUAGUAUCAACUCACGGAUUCGGAAGGAAGUUACGGACCUAGUUGAUUCACUGAAGGGCUUGGUUAGGAAUAUUUUAGCUAAGCUUGAAAAUGUCAGUAAGACGCUCGCCAGCUAUGUGGUGAAAUUGGAAACGUGGAUGGAGGAGAGUCAGGAAUUCAUUGACAAAGUGCUGGUGAAAGCCGAUGAAAUACUGGCAGAAAUUAAUGAGGAUACAGAAAGCAAACUUCCAAACCAUAAGAAACAUCUUGACGAAUCGAUUAAAACAGUUGAGAGCAUGUUGGAAAAGCGUGUUGGGGAAUUGGAAAUAUGGAAGCUAGCGGCGGCGAAAGUGAUUCAAGUAACGAUUGCAAAUGCUAAAACAGUUCAUACGGCAUUGAACCAUGAAAAGCAAGGCGAACAUGACGGGACAGUGAUUGGUAAAGGAGUUAAGCAAGUUAAUGACGCUAAGGAUAGAGUUAGGGAAGUUGACGAGCUGUUGAAAACUGUUGGAAGCGAUUUGACUAAUUGGAAAUCUGCGGCACACAGUGUCCUUGGCACAGCGGUUAGCAGGGCCGGAGAGGUGCAUGGCAAGUUGGAUCCUAAGCAGACAGAUGAUCAGCAUAAAAUUGGUAAGAACAUUGAGAAUAUUAAGGCAUCUAACGAAGCGAUUAUUAAAGCAAAUUUACAACUUAAAAAACAAGUUGACACUCUGCAUUCUUGGAUUGACACCGCGGAGGGUAUCCGCCAAAAGGCUGAGAAAAAGGCCAAGGAGGCCUAUGAGAAGUUGGAAGUUAAUAAGACUCUGGAUCUGAAUGUUAAGAAAAUUAUCGAUGCUAAGAAAGAAAUUGAGAAGGUUCAUACUGAGCUAAAUGGUGUUCACAGCGAAUUAGGUAAGUGGAAUAAGGAGGCCAGGACAGUGCUUACCGGGGCGAUUGGGAAGGCGGAAGAGAUUUAUAACAAGUUGGAAGAAGGAAGUAAGGAAGUUGGUAUGAAACUUGUUGAAAUCACGCAAGCUAAUGGAGAAAUUGAGCGUGCAAAUACAGAUCUUCAAAACGAAGUUACGGCUUUAGAUAACUGGAAGUCUGCCGCCAAGGAAGUGAUUGGCAAGGCGGAUAAGAAGUGUGAUUUAAUAUUGAGGAAAGUUCAGAGUGACAACGUUGUUCAGCAUACGGUUAUUGGUGAGAAUGCCAACAACUUAAAAGAAAAGGCUGAGAACCUUUUGACCGCUUACAGCCAGGCGCAUCCCAAAGUUCAGCAAUUGCUUACUGAUCUUCCUAAAGCCAUUAUACAGUUGGAAGCUGGCAUGAAAGAGGAUUUGGUGAGUAUCAGGAAUAGUGUUGUGGGCAAUAUGAAGGCUCUUGUUGGUGGGAUGCUUAGUGAAAUUCAGACGCAUGUGAAGCAGAUUAAGGGGACGGCGGGGAAAGGUGACCAAAACACUGGUGGUAAAGGCCUUGAAGGGAUUGUCACCGGGUUAAUUAAUAGCUAUGCUAGUGGGUUUAGCGGGGAGUGGCCUUUUCAGAAAAUUGUAGAGGGCUGGUUGGAGGAUAUUUUGGGGAAGGAUAAGACCGGUAAGAGCCAGAAGGCUAGGAAAGUUGAGGCGUGGCUUAAUCAGUACGUUACGGAGAAGGCGAGGUUGUUUGGUUUUUCAAUUGUCUCAUUUCGUGAGAGAAUUGACGAACAGAUUAAGGCGACGCUUAGAGAAAAAGAAAUUAAGCCAGCUGGCGAAGCAGUCAAAACAGGUAUGGAAGAAGCCAACAGGCACCAAAAUGAAAAAAUCACGAAAACCAUUGAAGCCGUCAGGGAAGGCUGUGAGAAAUUUGUGAAGGGACUCGAUGAGAUAUAUGGGAGUCCAGGAAUUAAGGAGCUUGCGGAGCAGAUUUUGCAGGGGACAAUCUACGGUUCUACCACAAAGGAGAAUCUGAAGCUAAUCAUCGAGCCCACCCUCAUUGCGCUUCGCGCCACGGCGAAUCAGGUUGGGGAGGAGAUUAAGUCAAUCUUACUCGCCGACUACAGGAUGGGCGGUAAUUCAAGCAUCGCGAAGGAAUUGGAUAAAGCCGUUGAAGCAACCGGGAUGCUGCACACUAAGCUUGGAAAGGCGCAUGCCGCCACAAGUUCAGACGUCCCCAACGACAAGCAAAAUACUAUUUUGGAAAAUGUUAAAGGGAUUGAAAGACAAGUUAAGAAGGGAAUGAAGGCUGAGAAGGGAAUUGCCGAGGACUUUGAGAAGAUCAUGGAACAAUAUCAAGCAAAGAAAAAAGAGGAACCAGAUGGGGAAAAUGGUCUCUACAGAAAGCUGACUGACCAAGACAUCCCCCAGGCGAUGCAUCCUUUUCAGCAGCAUGCUGAACUCACCGGUGCUGACGUCUCCGGUAAAAAACAAGCAAUCAACUCCGCCUUCGAAAAAAUCACCCAAGAACUCCAAGAAAUCGCCAAGUGUGUUGAGAAUAAGUCGGCGAAAACCGGUAACUCAGAUGAAUAUGGCAUCAAGCAGCGCUUGAGUGAUUUGGAUACGAUGCUUGAGGAGGAAGAGAUUAAUCUUAAAGGCAAAGUAGAUGGAAUUACUAAAGAUACUGUCAACGGUCUCGACGCAAUCAAAACGGCGAUUGCAAAACUGCAAACAACGACGUUUAAUACUAAACCCGCUGCGAUUGGCCAAACCGUCCAGGAAAUUAGGAAGGAGCUUCAACAUCUUAGAGAGAAGUUGAUGAAAGAGAAAGGUAAAGAUGUUAUUAGGAGUUUGGAGGAUUUGAAAAGGAAUGGUCUUGGAGCUCAUUGGGCAUUCGACGAUGCAAGGUGGAAUGGAACCGAAAGUCUAACAGCAAUACAAAAUCGAAUCAAAUAUCAGAAUAAGGAAUUGGGAAAGCAACCUGCUAUAAUUGACGAUGCUAUCGAUGCAAUUAGAUGGGAACUUAGAAUUAUUGGAAUUAGGUUAAAUGACGAAUCGCACGAUGACAUCGUGGAUGAUUUAAAAAGGUUGGCAAGGAAGAUUGGCCAAAAUGCAGACAAGGAUUCUGUCAAUCUCUCGAAGAUUUGUGAGGAAAUUCAAAGACUGAAAGAAGAUAAAUUUACUUAUCAACCUUUAGAAAUCCGUGACGCCAACGAGGCCAUUAAAAGGGAACUUCAAAGGCUUCGAGAUGCGUUACAGGGUCAACCACACCAAAAGGAUGGCGUCAUAUAUGCUUUGAGAGAUUUAAUAACUGUCGGCCUAACUGAAAGUGACAAAUGGCAAAAUGGCAAAAAAGAUGCCAAGGGCUUUGACUUUAUUAAUAGUGAACUUAAACGUCAACAAGGCAUAUUGACCAAACAGCCCGGCGCAAUUGGCAAUGGCGCUCAAGGUAUUACCACGGAGCUUACAAGGCUUAGAAGCCAGUUAGUGGACCAUGUCACCGAUAAGUUGCAAAAGUUGAAAGAUCAUGGACUUUCUGAUGGUAAUGGAAAAUGGACAGCUGAAGAUAAAGAAUCCAAAGGCCUCCCUCAAAUCACGAAAGACAUAUACAGUAUAAAAACAGAGAAUGUUAGGGACGUCAAGGACUAUGUAAGGGAUUUGUGCGCAGCAAUAAGGCGAGACUGCAGGGAGCUCAAAGAGUUCCUAAAAUGGCUGAAAGAAACUCUCAUCGGCGAACAACUUAGGAAAAUAAAAGACCAAAUUGACAGGCUGAGAACUGAGCAGUUGGGAGCUGUCAUCAGGGAGUGCAAGGCCUUCAUCGAGAGGGACGCCGACGUGUUCAAGAAAAGAUGCAUUGAUGAGCUCACAAAGUACGUCGACCAGGAACUGGAUGCCGAGGAAAACAAACUACUCGCCGAGGCGCGCCUGCAGUACGUGUCCACCGUUAAGGAAAUGCUGAAGAGCUUCGCCGCCAAGGUGGAGACGGAGCUGGGGGAGUUACCCGGUGAGAUCGACGGAGACCUGCGAAUAGGAUUUAAAGGUUUGAUGAGUAGGCUGCAAGGAGAAUUUAAUGAAGCAGACAAAACUCUGGAUGACGUGAACAUCAAUUUGCUCAAGGAUCUCGCCGCCGCGCCAGCUGAGUCAGCCGAGGAGAAGAUAAUGCUUUUCCACAAACUGGCCACAGCCUUCAAAAAAUUCUGGUCGCCACUCGCGGCAUACAUCAACAGGGAGAUCGUUAGGGUGCACGAGGACAAUAAUGAGAAGAGAGAUCCGGUCGCGAAAAUUGUACAUGAUUAUUCUGCCAAACUCUUAAAAGUUUAUGACGCGUUCAACGAGUUGCUCCACCACCUUAAGGUAAAUAAUGCCUUCGACGAUCGCGUCCCGGGGAUGCUUGACAAACUUAAAGAAGCGUUCGCCGAACUGAGACCAGAAAACUUCCAGAAGCCGUCCACUCCAACAAUCGACACCAUUAGGGGAGGCCUGCAGGGCUUUGUCGCAGAGCUCGGCACAGCGUACGUCUCCGCAUACUCCGGCACCGCGCUCGACUGGCGGAACGCCCACAACCCCGACAUGCAGAGAUGCGCCAAGGUCUUUCUCUCCUGCCUGCCGAUUCUGAAGCGCGGCGUGGACGAACUCAACGACGGGCUGACAGGGAGGGAGCAAAAUUGGUGGGACCACAAAAUUCAUAUAGGCAAUAAACUCGGAGAUUUCUUUGCCAGCCGCGGAUUCAAAGUGUCUGCCGCCGCCGGAACACAGCCCGCGGAACUGCAGAACUCCGACGACAUGAAAGGCAAGAACGUCCAUGGAAUUCUCACUGAGAUGGUUCAGGACGCUGACGGCGAACACCUCAAAAAAUGCUCGGCAAUUAAACAAACUGACCAGAAUAAUUACAAUUUCCUCGACGUCCUUGAGUGCCUUUAUACUCACCUAUAUGAAUAUUAUGAGACGUGUCAUCUCAUAGUUCCACCGUCGCUUAGGACACCGUGCAAUGUCUACGAGAUGCUCUGUUGGCUGACAGGCCUCCCGCACAACUGUGUCUACGAUAAGUUGCGCAAAUGUAUUAAAUUGUGUUACGAUGAGCAGACGAAAAAUAGCCUAUAUCCCACCACCGUUGUUGCCGACGCUUUAGUGAACGCCGUUGACAGGCUCGCCGCAGACUCUCCCAGCGUCCUCACCAGGGUGCUCGGCUACGGCAACGCUAUGACUACGUACGCCUGUGACUUCUAUAGCAACUCAUUGAAAUUACAUUACCCGCAGGACGGUGAGCAUUGCCUGCACAGGCUGCUGCACUGCCUCCGAGCAUUAUUGCCAUUGCUCAGAUUUCUCUUCUCUCAGUGCUCACUGCCCCUUCACCACGGUGGCUGGGCGCAGUGUAGGUACGGCAAGGGUGUCACACCGUACACGUGGCAAUGCAAUUCUCCACUCAACAGUCUGCCUAGUCUUCACCCGGAGUGCUCCGAUAAAUCCCCAUUGCAGUCUUACCUAAAUGACUGCCUGCCCGGCCACCUUCCUCACCGGGUCGCCACAAUAGGCUGUGAGCCCGUAUGUAAAACGUGUCCCAGUGGACCAGAUGGCACGCCCUGUCUCACGCCCCUCGGCUUCCGGGGUUUCUCUGGCAGCACCAAUACGGGCGAACAGCUGUGCGAAGUGCUAACCAAAUUGUUCGCCAACGAGCAUCUCUCAUCGCUGCUCAGCCUGCAACCCAGACCGCCGGCCACCUUGGAUGAGCACUUUGCCUUCGCCUUGUCGCUCGUUGCUGACUGGCACGACGGCAAGAUUGUGCCCAAUAAAGGCCUCCAAAAGGCCCUCGAGGCAUCCGCCGCAGACUUGUCACUUCGCCUGUCACUCACCGCCGCCUACGGCUCGGACUCCGCAAAACACGGCGGAUGCAAGCACCCGCACCUCAUGCAUCUCGCAGCCUCCGACUUCUGCACAAGACACCAAGCUUCGCCCUUCCUCUCCACCCUCUGCCGUGGUAUGUACGACAGCCUCGCCCACCGACACUCCGAACUCUACCUCUCCUGGGCCAUCUACCUCCCGUGGAAACUAUGGGAUUAUCUCGAGACUCUACGCAACGCUUUCCAAGCAAUCUCCUGCCGCGUCUGGAGCUGCGAUGGGUGCCUUCAAGAAGGCCCCUGUGACCAGGGCAGCCACGGCGUCCUUAACCCCAAGGCGCCAGGAUCCGGAUGCCAAUGCCCCUCCAUCGUCCAGUGCAAGGGAGUCCUACCUACACUCUACCAAUACGGCUUCACUUUUGGAGAUGCAUCGGCUUUGAUAUCGCAAAACAAGAAUUGUUUCAGCCUCCGCACGCAGAUCUCUCAGCUCCUCCACUCCGAUCAUUUCAGAGAUCUCUUCGACAAGUGUGACGAGUUCCUGUGGAGGAUCCGGAUGCCGUUCUUCUACACCCUCGUCGCACUCUGGUUUGUCGCAUUCCUCCUCCUCGCCCACACGAUGUUGUAUCGCCUGGACGUUCUGCAUAUACGCUCUCAUUUAAUGCGCACCAAGGCAUCCCACCUCAUCGAUGCCAAGGCUCUACUCACUCACGGAAGGAAGAUGCUCUCACUAUAUAAUGGCGUCGACUACUUCGACGACGAACCCAUUAACUAA